ACUCCGGCACAAAUAUAUCUGAUACACGGGAAGCUCUCCCAGCUCUACACUCUGUCCACAGACGAGAGACGUCAACUUAACCUCCAUCAGGAAGUCCUCAACGCCACAGUUCGGGACCUCCGUCAUGUUCAUUCUGCCAUCUCCCGUCUAGAGUCCGCCUCGGCUUUGGCCUCAGCUAUUAUCCGUCAGUUCUCAUUAAGAACCUUGCAAAUUGAAGGGGAAAUGCGUAUUUUGGAGACUAUCCUUCUCAUUCAGUUGGCACUUAGUGACCUGAAUCAUGAUACUCUGAAUCUCAAGCUUGGCCUUCAGCAGCUGUCCCAAACGCAGGUUUCCCCUCUCCUCCUUCCAAAUGAUGUACUAUUUCGUGUGCUCAGCAAUGCGUCACUCCAUUACCCAGGUUUACUUUUCCCUGCAGCACAUGAAUAUUUAGCAUUGUAUAGAGAUGUCUCUAGGGUUAUUUCUAAAGGUACGCUUUCCUCAGGAACCCUUCACUUCUACUUACAAAUCCCCAUGAAAGGGGAUCCCUCUGACGUGUUCGAUGUGUUUAAAAUGGACGCGUUGCCUUUUCAUCUUGAUGGCACGCCAUAUUUUCUGCACACCGACACGCUUUCCACUUACCUUGCGGUUUCUGAAGACCGCACUCACUAUAUGCUCUUAGACUCCUUGGACCGCUGUACUAAACACCACCUGCUCUAUGUAUGUCCCCCUGUCGCCCCUGUCUACUCGACUUCUGUCCGGCGCUGCGAGAUCGCUCUCUUUCUCGAUCGCCCGGACGCCCUCUCGCUGUGUUCUAAGUCUCUCCUCAGAGUCUUCCCCCCGGUCUUCAUCCCGUCUCCUGCGGGGUGGGUCUUCGCUACCGAUACCCCCCAGGUGGUCACCAUGGUCUGCCCGGACAGCCCGGUCUCCAAAUACAAGCAGACCAUCAACGGGACGGGUCUCCUCAGCCUCGGUAUGGGCUGUAGUGCCCACUCCGACGCCUUCAGCCUCCCUGCCUCUGCUACUAUGGACGGUGACGCCCCGCUGACGGUUCAUCGCGCCCCCUUCCACAUCGGACGUGACGUGGUCUCAUCGCUCCCGGCCAAGACUCCCCUUGGCCCCUUCCCCUCCCCGCCGCCGUCGCCCGGGUCGUCUCUGGCCCCCCCGCUGGACCUCCCUCCAGCACUUCACGCGCUCCAGGAAUCCGUCUCUCCGGUCCCCGCCUUCGACCCCUUCCUCCCUUGGUGGGGGUGGCUGCUCCUCCUCGGCGUCGUCUUCGUCGCCGGUGGGGUGGCCUUCUUCAGUCUCUUCGGGUCCCGUCUCUCGCAGGACUCCUCCCCUACGAUCCCGCCAUCCCCGUCUUGGCCCUCCGUGGUCGUCCGCCCGGCGGAACGCUUCGUGCCACGAGGACGUGGCGUGAUUUUAACGUAGGGGGGUAUGUGGUGCCCCGCGGGCCGCGACACCACUCGCUCCGCUAGCUGCAGUGUCAUCAUCAUCUCCAGCAAUAUUUUCCGAUGACGACAGCGGUAUCGACCGCUAAAGCACAACACGGACUCCGAAAUAUAGACAUACGAAACCACAGGGUGUUCACAUAUGCACCGCUUGCCAACACAUGCCUGUCCCCAAACGCACUGUUUACUUACCAACCUAUACACAAUUGCCCAUUAACGCACCCGCUUAUCUCUCUAAGCCAAAACACGAUCAACAGCGGAACAAAAUGUUAUGAAAACAAAGCUGCGUCACCGCGUGACAGCUACACUAAGGAUUAAAAUCGAGUGUGAGCCAAUCUUAUUAAACAUGUCGGUUAGGUAGAUUAUUGUAUGAGCUUGAUGUGAGUUUGAUGUAAGACUCACACGCCUGACGUGUUACUCUCGUGAUGUCUGUAUGUAUGUCAUGCCUAUAUAAGAAGCAUUUAUUCAGGCUAGACCUCAGAUCAGCCAGCACUCUGCUCGUUUGCUGUACACCCAGUUGUCCUUCCCUAGACAACAUGGGCAGAACAUUCAUCUUUGCUACUAGAAGAACCGCCGUUCUGCCCUUCCCUUGACCUUCAAACCAAGCGGGAAGUUGGUUGAUUUCGUCUCAGAGUUAGAAGUCAAGGUUCAAGAACACCCUCACCAUCAACCCCUCGCCACAGCCGCAGCAUUGCAGGCUCAAAAUCAUGAUGUUGCGUUUUCUGAUCAUCUUGUACUUCGGCUCCCUGCUUGCAACGACACCCAUCCACCUGAAGCCUGGCGCCCUCACGGCACACAUAGGAGAGGUCUUCCUCAUAGAAGAUGUGCUCCUCGUAAAAUAUCCAUAUACUUUCUUGACCAACACCACAGACACAAUCAGGAUAGUCUCAGAAAAAAAACUACUCGGCAUGGCAGACGCCAUACGGGCAACCAAGACUAGGGAAUCAAAGGCACCUUCUAGUACCAACUCUCUGAAUCUUUUUUAACUAUAGGAGGAUAGGAUUCUGUUCUUACGGGGAAAAGUUGAUGAAGUAGACAUGGAUUAUAGUUUUCACGCAGUUCACUCUCGGGUAAAGAGGGGGUUGCUCAACAUCGUUGGGUCCGCCUCAAAGCUCCUCUGCGGUACGGUAACCGACGAGGACGUGCGCGAUUUGUGGGACCACUACACUCAUGUGCUUUCCUUUGCUGCCCGAAAUCGCAGGGUGAUCAACGCCAAUUGUCGAAAGCUUGCGCGAUUGCAUAUUCACAUUGAGGAACUGCUUGAGCAAGCAAAUAAGAUGGUAGAAGUUAUCAACAUAGUUGUCAAGCAGAUCGACCAGGUGAAUCAGUUUCUCCUCCUAGAUCAGGCCUUGCAUGUAUUAGAAAACGUCAUUAACUCUGUCGCAACGGCAAAUCAGCAGGUUAUUAGCAACAUGGUUGAUGCAGCGCACGGUAGAGUCACACCUGCC